AUGGAGCUGCUGGACGCCAUCGAGGAGCUGGAGCGACCGGCGGACGCGCGCGCAGCUCGCCCCUCGGACCGCGCGCCAGCCCCGGACUUUGUGGAGCGUCAAGUGCUGUUCGUCCAGCAGAAGCUGCGCGACCUGUGGCGCCGGAAGCGCGGCGGCGGCGGCGCCGAUAUCCCCAGCGUCCCGUUCUAUUGGGUCUUCUCCAAGCUGCUCCGCCUCAUCGAGGAGUAUCCGGACGGACUCACGGAGGCCGUCGUGGUCACGGAACUAGCCAAGUUACUCAAGCAGAAGGAGGCUGGAGAUGCCGAGCAGGGGGUAGGGAACCAGAGCAAAAAGAGGAAAAUCCGAGAUGAAGAGGGCAUGGGCGAGUUGCUGGCGGAAGGCGAGCAGGAGGCGCUGCAGGCCAAAGUCACGGGCUAUGGGAACCACAGACUCAGUAUCGAGAUGGACAACGCGAAGGACGUCACGGCUCACAUGUAUCUGCAUCAGAGGUUUCGGACGUGCGUGGAUUAUUUGCAUCGACAUCUGCAGUAUGAAUCGACCACGUUUCCGUUUCAGAAUGGGAGGGAGGUGGUGUUUACAAAUGCGAAGCUGCUGGAGAGAAAGGAGAUCGAUACAGCGGGCGGCAGCAGCAGGGCCAGGUUUACGUUAUUGCCGACUGGGUUUUUGACGGCUCGGCUGGAUGAACAGCAACCGCUGGAUAGGAGGUUGCUGGCUGACUCGAUCAAUUUGAGUCGAGUGGAUCAGUUGGUCGGUGGAGCUCGAGACCCUGCCGUGAUCCAGCAGUUGAUGUUAAAAGCGAAGGUGCUAGAUAUUGGCGCGAUCCGACCGUGCCAGACACCGCUGUACGUCCAUCGCCAAGUGAUUUUAUUGGGGGAGAUUGAUCAGACCAACUUCCGGACCCCCGCGGGAGCAACACCGAACACGCAGCGUACGGUGAUGCAAGGCCUGCACUUGAUGGUUCUAUGGGACGACCAAGUGGUGCUCAGUCGACUCUUUCGUGUUGGAGAUACACUGUCCAUAUUUCACCCGUUCGUGCACGUAUGCGACCAACAUGACGCCGAGAUUCAGCAUAUUUUGAACGAGUACUCGUCGCAGCAGCGGUUAUGGUACUACUUCGAGUACGGCUGCGCUACCGUCCUGUUUUGCAAGCCGUGCCGACGACCUUUAUCCAGGCUGGAAGAUAUCAAGGCCGGUUGGCACAAUUUCUCGUUGUAUGCCCACGUACGAAGUAUCAAGGUUUCACACGGCAUUCCGCUGCUUGCAGCUUUCUUCUACGCGUACUACGAUCCGAAGACCAACCAGCCGGGGACUGCGAAUGCGAAGCUCCAGGCUCCACCGCCGCUGUAUCGUACAAUUGUGUCGAAGUAUUAUCUGGUCGUGAUGUUGCAAGUAUACAUCGCGUCAUCCAAGACGUUGCUGACGAUCGAGGUGACGGGCGAGAACGCGUUGGCAGCGUUGCGACUUCUUCCCGGACAGAGCCCCGUGGACGCGUUCGCCGCCGCGCACCACCUACUUGCCGCACUGCAACAGAGACUGUAG